AUGCCCAGCCCGUCCUCGCCGUCGCCGCUCCUGCCACCGGCGCCGGCCGCCGCAGCCAGCCGCCGGCGCCGGCGCCUCCUCGCCUCGCCGAACCCCUCGUCCCCCCCUGCCUCCGCCGCCUCCUCGUCUUCGUCGGCGUCCUCGUCGUCAUCCUCCGCCUCCUUCUCCUUCCCCUCCCCGGCGCCCUCGCCGUUCCACCACCGCUUCCUCUCCCCGCUCCGGGCCUCCGCGGUGCCCUUCUCCUGGGAGCACCGCCCGGGCAUCCCCAAGACUCCCGCGCGCGGGCCCAGCACCGCCCGCGGCAGCAGCAAGCUCGGCGGCAAGGCGCCGCCGCUGCCACUCCCGCCGUCGCUCUUCUCCAGCAACCGGGUCAUCGCCGAGUACCCCUUCGCCGGCGCCACCUACUCCGACAAGGCCGGCAGGCGCGGGAGGCAGCAGCAGCGCCGGUGGCCGGCGGUGACCGGCGCCCUGGCCGACUGGCUCGCCGUGCUCAGCCUCUACCGCUCCUGCACCAGGUCCCGCGACUGCCUCGCCGCCGCCGGCCCGCCGCCGCAGCCGCGCCGGCGUGUUCCCGCCUAG